UUUUUUCCAGUGGUGACCGCGAUGCGCAUGUCCAUUCCAUUGUCGCAACCUCCUUCCGUCCUUCGUUUCAUCCUUCGCUAGUCAAUAAAUGCCGCGGCAAUGUUCUUUGCUGUCAGUACCUCCUGACCCGAUGUCGUGCCAAACCAACCGAUAACUAAGCACCUCCUGACCCCCGUGCUUCCUGCAGCAGUCUCCGUUGAUAAAGCCAUUGAUGGCCAGGCGAUGGCUCACGUCGGACGCGAGCGCGGCCCCUCCGGCGCAGCAUUCGGGGUGGGACGUGAACCGCUCGGCCGUGAAGGUCGCCAUCGUCGGCAACGUGGUCGUGGUGCUGCUCUUCUUCGUUGCCAUCGUCUGGCGCCUCUUCUUUUCGCGGAGAGCUCAAGAAGGCGCCGCGGCUCCCGGCGGCGGUAGGGCGGUCAUUGCGCCCUCCUCCGGGGAGAGUUCGCCGUGUGCGUCGCCUGGGGCUAAAGGGCUCAGGAAGGAGGACCUCAUGUCGCUGCCGGUGUACGUCCACCCCGCGUCGGCGGAGGACCGCGGCGGCGGCAAGGUGGAGUGCGCGGUGUGCAUCUGCGAGCUCAGAGACGGCGACACCGGCCGGCGCCUGCCGAGGUGCGGGCACCGAUUCCACGCCGAAUGUGUCGACAGGUGGUUCCGGUCGCACGCUACAUGUCCACUCUGCCGCGCUGUUGUGGCGGACGGCGGCUGAUCCGGUGAGGUCGACUGGUCGACCCUGAUCUGUGACAGAUAAGCAGAAGUUUGUUCUUUUUUUCUUUUGCGGGGAAGGCAGAAGUGAUUUUCUUCUUCAUGUUAACCUUUUGAAACCAAUGUCGUUCGCUAUACUACUUCCUCAUUGACGCCUACCCACAAGCAUCUGUUCUGUGUUA